UUAUUUUCCUCAAAACUGGGCUUUGAGCCGGUGACUUGUUUUUAUCCGGAUUAUUAUAUUAAUCGUAACUCGUACCGUAGCACUUAUCGGAUUAUACCUCCGGCCGGUUCGUUCGCCCUUCGUUCAAGACAACUUCCAUCGCUUUCUCCGAUUAGUGCAGACUUACUCCGUUCCAGAGUUCCCUCACUGUAACUCAAUUUCCAGGGUCCAACGCCAAUUCAUGCCCUGCUUAGUCUUCCGGAAUGGCGCAGGAUAUUGAUCACUCUCAAAAUCAAGAAGUCAUUGUCUCCUACUUCUUACAACUCUGGCGGCUCAACUCGAAAGCCGCAGCAGCCAGAUUCGAGUCCGGCGGUGAACCAACGGCAGCAGUAAAACCAUCGGAAGAAGAGGAAGAGGAGGAGGAAAGAGAGGACCCGCCGACGGAGCUAGACACGGUGAACAGCUCCGCAGGGUUCUCUGUUGUGGGGCCCGACAAGCUAUCGGUUCGUUACCCGAAUGUGAACCUCCACGGCCACGAUGUAGGUGUCGUCCAAUCCAAUAGGCCCGCUCCUUCGAAGAGACUCGUUUACUAUUUCGAGAUCUAUGUCAAGAGCGCUGGAGCCAAAGGCCAGAUUGCCAUAGGUUUCACCCCUUCCGGCUUCAAAAUGUGCCGCCAACCGGGUUGGGAAGCAAACAGUUAUGGAUAUCAUGCUGAUGAUGGGUUACUUUAUCGUGGGCACGGGAAGGGGGAGGCUUUUGGCCCAACUUAUACAGCGGGUGAUACCGUUGGUGGAGGUAUCAAUUAUGCAUCACAGGAACUCUUUUUCACGAAAAAUGGGGCAGUAGUAGGAACAGUAUGCAAGGAUGUUAAAGGACCAUUAUUUCCUACAAUUGCUGUUCACAGUCAAAAUGAGGAGGUUACUGUGAACUUCGGAAAGGAUCCAUUUGUAUUUGAUCUUAAGGCAUAUGAAGCACAGGAGAGAGCCAAACAAGAAGCAACACUCGAAAAAAUUACUUUACCUCAGAAUGCCAGUCAUGGAAUUGUUCGCUCGUACUUGCACCAUUAUGGAUAUGAAGACACUCUACAAAUGUUUGAAAUUGCAAGUAAAAGCAAUAUUCCACCAAUCUCCUAUGUGCAAGAAAAUUGUUCUGAGGAGGAUAGCACAUCAUCAUUAAACCAUAGGAAGAUUCUUCGUCAGCUCAUUAGAAGUGGACAGAUAGACGAUGCUUUCGGGAAACUUCAAGAUUGGUACCCUAAUAUUGUUCAGGAUGGUGCGUCAGCUAUUUGCUUUCUGCUUAACUGCCAAAGAUUUAUUGAGUUAGCACGGGCUGGGAAACUUGAAGAUGCUGUAUAUCAUGGUAGGAGUGAAUUCCAAAAAUUUAAUAGAUUUACAGAAUUUGAAGACUUGGUUAAGGAUUGUGCUACUUUAUUAGCAUAUGAGCAACCACUGAAGUGCUCGGUCGGAUACCUUCUAGGGGACACCCAAAGAGAGAUUGUGGCAGAUGCAGUAAAUGCAUUGAUCUUAUCACAAAGCUCCAAGGAGACAGACACAAGGGUAUGCUUGCAUUCUUGUCUGGAGAGGCUGCUGAGGCAACUAACAGCUUGCUUCCUCGAGAGACGGACUUUGAAUGGUGAUCAAGGUGAAACCUUCCAUCUACGCAAUAUACUUUACAACAAUGGUAAGAAGGCCUAAAAGUUUCUCUGCGGGGAUCCAUAACAUACUUCUUUUCCAACCGUGUGUGGGGUCACUCUGUCUAAGGGCAUUAUACCCCCAUCCCUGAUUAGUACUAGAUGUUUCUCUAUGUCAAGAUUUGUUUAAAUCAUUGUAGUUCAGUAUUUCUUGAUCAGGACUGAAGGUUGUACAGUUUUAUUGUGUGACAGACCCAUAUGAAAAUGUAUCUUAAUAACUCCAGUUUCCUUCGAAUUGAAUAAUUUCACUCAUUUUAAUUUGCCUAGAAAAUAUAUACCACCACACUAAAGUAGGGGUGGUUCGGUA